AUGGUCAUCACAGCUACCUGGUCCGCCGAUCGAUUAUUGUUAAUUGCAAGUCGUGAAAACGAAAGAGCUCGAAAGAAAGGGAAGGAAAAGUGGCAAGAAGCGGGAGGGGUGAGCGGGAGGAGAUUGGAAGGUACCGAUAUUGAAUUAGAAGCGAUAAAUCCCACCCUGCCAUGCCGACUUCGAGCAAAAGGAUUAACGAGAGUACGAUCCUCUUUGCAUUCGCAGAGUUGCGUGCAGUUUCUACGAUCCAACGAGUCCGCCGUUCUGGAGGCCGUAGGACUGGUACCGUCCGGCGAGUCCGUCGAGGUCUUCGGCGAGCACGGGGGUGCGAAUGGGAUCGGCGGCGGUAAUCAGUGCUCUGCUCAUUAUGCCAUGCGUUCGAAUUCUAAUCCCAGUGUCGGUGCCAUUCAGCACGCGGCGGGCAGCAAUGCCGCGGGCGCCUUGCACCAUUAUCCUGGCGCUGCUCAUGCAACGAAACGCCGUGCCUCCGACACCCCAUACUACGAGAACGGAGUUCUCCUGGACGAUAUGCCGGUGUACGGCAAGAGAUCGGUCAAUCCUUGGAGUCAUCACCAUCAACAGCAGCAGCAGCAGCAGCAACAGCAGCAGCCGACGGAUCCGUCCUACUGCUGGUAUCAUCCGUUGCACUCCUCGGGCGGAUCGAUUCAAGGUCACGCGCACGGCCACGGCCACGGACCGAGUCCGGUGCCGCCUAGUCUCGUGCAGAUUAAUCAGAUAAACGCGUUCUCCGCGCCGCAUCAUCUGACAUCUCAGCAGCCGCAACAGUCGAUGGGCCAUGGAUUGCAAACGCAAAACGGUGGCAGCCUCGACGACGAGUGGAAGAAUAUCCACGUGAUGCUUAACUGCAUUCUCGGCAUGGUCGAGAAGACGAAGAGGGCACUGGCGAUCCUCCAGCGACGAGGAUGCUCCAGCCCGGCGGCCGCGGCGCCUCCGCCAGGUGUGGUCGCGGCGCAGAAUGGUACCAGCAAUAAUGGCAAUAGUAACGGCAAUAAUCCGUCGUCGACCAACGGGGUGCAAGUCGAGUCGUCCACCGGCGAUCGGGAUGGCAGUCUGAAACGAUUGUCCGGCGAGAUAGUCGCGCAAACGAUCAGGGCGACCGAAGACAGAGUGGCCGAGGUUAAACGAAGAGCCGAGGAAGCUGUGUUAGAGGUGAAAAGGGCUGCAGUGGCGGAGGUACAACGCGCUGUAGCGGUUGCGGUUGCGGAGUCGAGAGCGAACGAACGUUUGAGGGUUCAUCGAUUACUGGACCUUCCUUUGUCCCAAAGAAAUCCGAGUAGUCUCCGUCAGGGUCCUUUCCUGAGGGUUCACGGGAAUUCGAGCGCGGUCGAAACCAAUGCCAGAAAUGUUACGACACCGACGACAACGCCAAAUUCGGCGCCGUCAACCACUGAGGACGAAAAAGAUAUCCAUCUCACCAGCAUGAUGGGAUCUAGUUGUUGGAAUUGCGGCAGGCCCGCUCUGGAGACCUGCGGUGGAUGCGGAAUCGCCCGAUACUGCGGCUCUUUCUGCCAACAUCGCGACUGGGAGGCCGGUCAUCAUACGACCUGCAACAAUCUGCCGCCGCGCGAACCGCGAAGAUCAGCCUCGCGCAGUCCACCGAGGAUCGCCGCCGCAAAUCUUUCUACGAAUGUUAAUGAGGUCGAUGCCACGCCAGUGCCAUCCACCGGAGUUUCAAAGGGAAAGUGACGUCGUGGUGCUAAGAAUCAGCGAUCGAUCAGAUCGAUCGAUUACGAGUCGCGCUGAUCGUUUCUCACAAAGACUUUUCUCUGUAAAGAAUGUAUGAAUUAAAAUGAAUCAAGAGGAACUCGUUCCUGUGAAAUUGAAUACUUAAUUCUUAAAAUGGAAAAUUGAUCUGAAAUUGUUAAAUUCGGUUGUUCCCUUUUCUGUUGCAUUUCCAUAAGACUUAAGAUGAAAAAAAGAGGACAGAGAAAAGAAAAAAAAAUCAAAUUUUAAUUUGAUUGAUAAUUAGCUAUUUACAUGGUUACAUGAGAAGUUCCUAUGUUUAAUUCUUUUUAAUUCAUUCAUUUUCUACAGUGUUGUCACCGAUCAUACAUCUUCUGCGUACAUUUAUUAUUGUGUCCUUUUCUUUCCAUGAAACUGACCGGAGAUUUCUUUUGUAAUAUAUCUGGAUAUAUGAACGGACGAAUAUAAACAAAAAUUUCUCAAAUUUAACAUAACGAAAAAAUUAAUUACGCGCUUGUCAAUGCCUGACAAUCGAGCUAGUAUCGGAAAAUAUUGGUUCGAUAAUCAAUUUAUGAAUAGAUCUUUAAUCUCGGCGUUUCGGUUAGUUGACAAAAUAGAGGAUAACAAAAAAAUUUGUAAUUAUUUAAUUAAUGAAAAAAGCGCGAAUAUUCAAAUCAACGACUUGACCUUAUCUUUCAAUUAUGUAAAAAUAAUAAUGUUACUCAAAUAGUAUGUACACAAAAAUAUGAAAGAUGUCUGAAGAAUUUAAAGCAUCUUUGGAAAAUUUUUGUUACUCGAGUGCAAUAUUUUAUAAUUUAAACGCUUUUAAAUCAGUGCUAGUGACCAAAAAUAAUCAAUGUUAAAAAUGCACGAUCGUACAGAAAAAUAGAUAAAUUUACAAAUAAAAAAUAGAAAACUUGAUUACACGUUUUGAAUGAAACGUCGGAUGUGAUAAACCCGUUUUAGAAUUUUGUCAACUAAUUAUAUAAAAAAGAAGCAGCUGAUUUCACAAGUAGCAUAAUCAAUCACAUAAGUGUUUGCGUUUUCCGGAUAAAUUAAAUGCCGGCGAAAUAUGCAUAGUAUUGUCGUAAAUAUACACGUUUAUCAGCAUCGUGCCAGCCGUUCUCCUUUCUAUUCUCCGUCGAGAAUCGCAGAGAUUUCCAAUCCAUUUAUUAUCUAGGAUUAAACCAAACAAUAGAAAUAAUGCGUGUCUUAAACGAUUUCUGCAUUUGAAAGAAUAAUAGUUAACCAUGAAUCCAAUUAAUGAUCGCACAGAUGUGCGUUUCGUAUUGUUCUGAAUCGAUAUUAGCGGUAAAUGUAGUACUACGAAACUAACUAUUAGUGUAGACGUUUCUUCAUUUCGCCGUUAACAAAUUGAAUUUCUCAAUAUACGCGAAGCUCUCAUCAUCAAAUUACAGCAUUUUAUUUUGACGUGAUUUAAAAAAUGCACUUCCUUUUUUAUUUAAAAACAAUUUCAUAAAAUGUAAAACUUUCAUUAUUAUCGAUAUCAGUUGAAAAUUUACAAUAUAUGAAAUGGUGCACACAUUAAUUUCUCUUUUGCUCCUCUUCAAUCGAGUAAUAUGUUCUCUCAAAUGGAUGUAACAUUUUACUAUCUCGAUAUUAUUACGCCGCAGAAUAUCGUUAUAAAAAUAAUAUGUAUUGCAAGAUGAAGUUGAUAUAUACAUGUACACACACACAUAGUUACAAUCCAUAUACGCGUACACACACAUAAAGUGACUUGAGUUUAUUACAUGCGUUCGCUCACCUCGAUGUUUCGUACACGAAAAAACGGAAUCACAUCGAUUUUAUCCUAGUCAAUUGAUAGAUUUAACAACUAAUGUAACUCGAAUCCUUUACUUUGCGCGCACACAUCUCAGGAUAUAAUUAUCACAUAUAUUUAAGUCUAGUCAACACAGGAAGAUGAAGCGGAUUUAUCGAUCAUACGCGUUAGGAAACUUUGCUCAAAUCUAGACUACGAAUUAUUGUAAUUUUUCCUAGGCAUAUUGCGUUGCGGGGAUGUAUGAUGGAUCCUAUAAAGUGUAUUUAUAAACUAACGAAAUAUAUAAUGAUUAUUCUAUGUCAGAAUGUAAGAAGCAAAA